ACUCUCUCAACGACAACUGGUUUGUGUGCAUCGAGAGUCACCACCAUGAAGAAACUGCUUUGUGCAUAUGUCUCCUGUGUUCUUAUGUUGGCCCCUCAUCUCUCUCACCAGGCAGCACCGGUAGAUUCUUCUUCCUCCUUUCCAUCUCCAACCACAGAUGGCCGAGACCUAGGCAGAAAGUCACUGAAGGAGGUUGGCUUCCCACCACCGAAUUGUGCAGGCAAAGAGAAAGCUGAGAUGAUUCCUAGGACGAAGGAAUCAAAGCUCAAGGUCAGUUCACUAGGCAAUGAGCACAAGAAGCAAGAGGAAGGGGAAGGUCUCAUCAUCUACAGCGCAGAUUACAGUCUAGUGAGCACGCAUCCUCCUCCACUGCACAAGCAUUCCAAGCCAUAGUCU